AUGUCUCUAACUGAUUUGAAGAAUUGGGUACAAGAAACGGGAAAGGAGUAUGGUUACGUAAUUGUUUCCCGCCGAUCGAAAAAUAUUGGCUGUACUACUGGGAUGGUAUGGCUUGUGUGCGACCGUUGUGGUGAGCACCGUAGUAAAGCAACAGUUAGGAAAGCUGGUAACAAAAAAAUCGGUUGCCCAUUUUCAAUACUCGCCAUCCGGGACGUGACGAAUGACACGUGGGAGUUAAAAGUGGACAACGCGAACCAUAACCACGAACCUACGACGAGUCUGUUGGGCCACGCUUUUGUGCGAAGAUUUACUGAAGCCGAAUACAAGCUAGUGGAGCAGCUAAUUGCUCCAAACAUGGAGCCACGUAUCAUAUUUCAAACCCUAAGAAAGCAGUUCCCCGACAGCCUGCAUGUUCAGAAAGACGUGCAAAAUGCGGUACAAAAAAUUAGAGCGACACUAAUGGACGGAAAGACUCCUAUGCAGGCACUGGAAAGCCUGCUGCAUGACAACCGAUUCAUUUACGACACCCGACAGGAAGCUAAAACAGAUGUCGUAACAAAGAUUUUCUUUGUUCAUCCUUAUUCAAUCACUAUGUGGCGUGCAUUCCCGCACGUGAUGUUGAUCGACGCGACCUACAAAACAAACCUCUACAACAUGCCAUUUGUCCAGGUUGUGGGUUUGACGUCGACCAACAAGUCUUUUUGUAUCGCACAUGCCGUUAUUUGCAAAGAACGAAGGGGUAACUACGUGUGGGUGCUUGAGCGGAUCAAGUCAACGUUGCAUGAAUGUAUGAUGCCGCGUGUGAUAGUCACGGAUAGAGAGCUUGCCCUAAUUAACGCGUGUGCUAAAGUAUUCCCGAACGCAACCAGGCUUCUAUACCAGUUUCACAUCGAACAAAAUAUAAGUAGACAUUGCAAGCAAGCGUUCAAUAAAGAAGAUUGGGGGAAAUUUAUGACGUACUGGCGGAGAGUGUGCGAAUCUGCUUCAGAGCCCAUGUACAAAUACAACUAUAUAACCGACUUGUGGUUACCAAUCGAGAAAUUUCACCGAGAGCAUCGAAAAAAGGAUGAACCACCACAGACACCUAUGUUGGACAACCUACGUGGAAAGGUUUCCCAUGAAGUACUUGAUUUGCUGGCAAAAGAGCUAAUGAGGAAGCUGGAGGUGUUGCAGAAACUUAACGCAUCAUGUGGUUGCCAUAUGUGGCUUAGCUAUGGAUUGCCGUGUGCUUGUAGGCUGGAAAACUACAAACGUACAGGGCGUAUGAUACAACUCGACGAUAUAGAUGUAUUCUGGCGUAAGCUUGAUUUGCUCCCGUGUAAACUGGUAAACGAGGAAGUCGAUAUUGUAGCAGAGCUCAAUAAUGUGCGGCAACAUUUAGAGGCGCAGUCCCCCGUUCAGCAAAAGAGUAUGCUUUCAAAGAUAAAAGUGGUCUUUACCCCGAAAUCGUCAACCAAGAAACCACCGAUCGUCCAACAAAAUACUCGCGGUCAGCCUACAUUAAAGAAAGUACAAGAAAGGCUAGAUGAAGCUGCGAGGUUAGACGAAGCUGCGAGAUACAGCUCCUAUGGCGAGGACAACAACGUAUAUACCACUUCCCCGAAACAUAGGUACGAUUUACCCCGACACAGCUCAUACGUGCCGUCAGAGGGCUCUCGUGGAACUGGUUCGGUUGUAAAGUCUGAAAAACCUAAAAUGAAACGAAACAGUUCAACGAGUUCUAAAAAGAAGGAGACGCGGGAUGAUCAGGGUUUUCCAUUAAUGAAGGGGGAUGAGCACUUGUUAAGCAUUAAGAGGUUUAAGAAUCAAAUUCCAUUAGAGUUUCACUCUUACAUAUCGCGUAUACAAGAAGUGACCCCAGACGGUCAUUGUGGGUACAGGUCUGUGGCUGUCGGGUUAGGUUUUACGGAACACGUAUGGCCCCGUAUUCGAAGUGAUUUACUACUGGAGAUUGACCAUAACAAGCCGCGUUGGAAGCAUGUAUUCGAAACAUAUAAAGAAGGAGACUUUAAACGAAUACGUAACAACAUCGAAUGGCAUUCAGUGAAAGGGUGCGAUCCAAGUCACUGGAUGGAAAUGCCCCACGUAGGGCUUCUCGUAGCGCAAAGGACGAGAAAGAUGGAGGAUGAAAUGGAAAUAGAAGAAAUUAAUCCGGAGCAGCCGCAAAAGCAGAAACGUCCACCGGCGGAUCCUCUCCUGAAUCACCCGUAUUUGGAGUUUCCUCCGGAAUCCGACGCUGCUCUCCGUUGCGACAAGCUUCAGAACAUGCACGUCGGUGCCCAUUUUGCGGUUUCUUGGAAAACCCUCCGGGAGCUCACGGCUGAAGAUUGGGCGCGGGAGUUUGUUCCCAGUGAUUCACCGAGCUAG